AUGAAACAACAUUUUAAUCCACUCUCUCUCUCCGCUUCUUUCACUCGCUCUCUCUCCGCUUCUUUCGCUCUCUCUCCGCUUCUUUCGCUCUCUCUCCGCUUCUUUCGCUCUCUCUCUCUCUCUUCUCCGCUCUCUUCUCUCUCUCUCUUCUCUUGCUCUCUCCUUCUCUCGCUCUCUCUCCCUUCUCUGCUCUCUCUCCGCUCUCUCUCUCUCUUCUUUCGCUCUCUCUCCUUCUCUAGCUCUCUCUUCUCUCUCUCUCCUUCUUUCUCUCUCUCUCUCUCUCUCCUUCUUUUCUCUCUCUCUCCUCUUUCUCUCUCUCUCCGAUUCUUUCUUUCUCUCUCUCUCUCUCUCUCCCUUCUUUCUUUCUCUCUCUCUCUCCCUUCUUUCUUUCUCUCUCUCUCUCCCUUCUUUCUUUCUCUCUCUCUCUCCCUUCUUUCUUUCUCUCUCUCUCUCUCUCCAUUUCCUUUCUCUCUCUCUCCGAUUCUUUCUUUCACUCUCUCUCUCUCUCCGAUUCUUUCUUUCACUCUCUCUCUCUCUCUCCGAUUCUUUCUUUCACUCUCUCUCUCUCUCCGAUUCUUUCUUUCACUCUCUCUCUCUCUCUCCGAUUCUUUCUUUCCUCUCUCUCUUCGAUUCUUUCUUUCUCUCUCUCUCUCUCCGAUUCUUCUUUCCUCUCUCUCUCUCGAUUCUUUCUUUCUCUCUCCUCUCUUCUUUCUUUCUCUCUCUCUCCUCUCCGAUUCUUUCUUUCCUCUCUCUCUCUCUCUCCGAUUCUUUCUUUUCUCUCUCUCUCUCUCUCUUUCCUCUCUCUCUCUUUCACUCUUCUUCCUUCUCUCUCUCUCUCUCUCUCUCUUUUCCCUUCCCCCUCCGUGUUUGCUUUCAUUCUCUCUUUCUACUUCUUGCCCCCAUUGUCUGUCCACUUUUACCUCUUUCUCGUCACUUUUCACUCUGAUUUAA